AGAAAAAAAAAAUCCUUUAAUCGCGCUCGAUGCGGCUCGAAGUGCGCAUGCGUGAACCUUUAACCAGCAGGUAAACUCCACCAUGGCGGCCAGAGGCCAUGUGCAAGAUCCCAACGACAGGCGACUCAGACCUAUAUACGACUACCUUGAUAAUGGCAACAAUAAAAUGGCAAUUCAGCAGGCAGAUAAGCUGCUGAAGAAACACAAGGACCUGCACUGUGCCAAGGUCUUAAAGGCCAUUGGCCUUCAGAGGACGGGGAAGCAGGAUGAAGCUUUUGCUUUGGCCCAUGAGGUGGCCAUGCUAGAGCCCACUGAUGACAACUCGCUUCAGGCUCUGACUAUCCUGUACAGAGAGAUGCAUCGACCGGAGCUGGUCACUAAGCUGUAUGAGGCUGCGGUGAAGAAGGUUCCUCUCAGUGAGGAGUAUCACUCACACCUCUUCAUGGCCUACGCUCGCGUGGGAGAGUACAAGAAGAUGCAGCAGGCGGGAAUGGCCUUGUAUAAAAUUGUUCCUAAGAAUCCGUAUUACUUCUGGUCCGUCAUGAGUCUCGUCAUGCAGGCAAUCUCAGCUAAAGAUGAGAAACUGGCUCAAACAAUGUUCCUGCCUCUGGCUGAACGAAUGGUGGAGAAAAUGGUGAAGGAGGACAAGAUUGAGGCGGAAGCAGAGGUGCAGCUUUAUUUUAUGAUCCUGGAGCGGCUGGGGAAGUACGUAGAAGCCCUGGAGGUGAUCAGGGGUCCACUUGGAGAGAAGCUGACCAGUGAGCUGCAGAGCAGAGAAAGCAAGUGUAUGAUGCUCUACCGGCGACUCGAACGCUGGCCGGAGUGUAACGCUCUGGCUCACAAGCUGCUCCUCAAAAAUCCUGACGACUGGCAGUUCUACCCCUAUUACUUUGACUCGCUCUUCCAUCUGAUGGAUCAGUCAUGGAGCCCGCCAGAAGGAGAGCCCUGCUCAGAGGGUGCGGUACACCACACUGUGGCUGAGGUGGUGAGGUUUGUGGAGGAGAGAAUCAAGGAGCAAGACGGCAAAGAGUCCCGCUCCCUCAGAGGGCCUUAUUUAGCUCAACUGGAACUAAUACACAGACUGAGAGAACGAGGCUUCCCUGAAGAAAACCUGCCAGGUGAGCCUUUAGAUCUGAUGGUCCAGUUCUUUGUAAAGUUUGGAGACAAACCCUGCUGUAUCACCGACCUGAAGAUCUACCUUCAUCUGCUCUCUCCAGACCAGCAUGUUCAGUUCAUCAACCGUCUGAGUGAAGCCGUGCCCCUGGGGCAGCAGGGAGUCGAGGGCUUUGCCUUCCCACAGGACACCAAGGCCUUGCAGAGGCACCUGUGUGUUUGUCAGCUGAGUCGAGCUCUUGGCCUGCAUCACUCUCUCGAUGUCAGCGGGAAACUGCGCCUCAUCGUGGAGCUCAAGGCUCACUAUCGUCAUGGUCUGAAGUUUGGUAACGAUGCCCUGAAGACGGAGCUGCAGUUCUCCGACAUGUACUGCCUCAUGGCAGCUCAUGUAUACAUCGACUUGUGGACUGAGACAGGUGAUAUGGACAUGGUGUGGCAGUGUUUAGGGUUCCUGCUGGAGGGUCUGGCUAACAGUUCAUCCAAUGCCCAGUUCAAGCUGCUGCUGCUGCUUCUCUACUGUCGUCUGGGAGCCUUUGAGCCUGUGGUGGACCUUUACUCCAGUUUGGAUGCAAAGCACAUACAGCAUGACACCAUAGGGUUCCUCCUGACACGCUACGCUGAGCCUCUGGGUCAGUUUGCUGCAGCCUCUCAGUCGUGUAACUUCUCCCUCAGGUUUUUCCACUCAAACCAGAAAGAUACCUCAGAGUACAUCAUCCAGGCAUACAAGUACGGAGCAUUUGAGAAAAUCCCAGAGUUCAUCGCUCUCAGGAACAGGUUGAACCAGUCGCUGCAUUUUGCCCAGGUCCGCACAGAGAGGAUGCUGCUGGACUUGUUCCUAGAAGCUGAUAUUGUUUUGAGUCUAGAGGAGAGCGUGAAGGCCAUGUCUUUGUCUGCAGAAGAGGAUGACAUUCCCUGGGACAGUUUAAGGGACAACAGAGACCUCACUGUGUUUACCAACUGGGAUCCUAAAGAAAAACAGUUAACUGAUGGACACCGGAUUCAGUCUCUGGAGGAGGAGACCGUGUGGCUGAGGAUACGUUCUCAGGUGUUGCGCCUCCUGGCCUCGAUGGUUGCUCUGGGUCACACAUCCUCACAGCAGAACUCUGAGAUAUCCAACGAGAACGGAGUCGGAGACAAAACCUCUGUCGUCAGCAGCCUGCUGUUCCAGCUCAAUCAGACACUGCAGACAGCAGCGCAGAUGGCAGAAAAACAGAUCCAGUAUCCCCUCCUGGGACCGCCCUCCACCCCUCUGGCCUCAGCUCUGUCCAGCGGCAGCUGUCAGUGUCAGGUUGCAGCCCUGCAGCUUUCCCUCCACCUGCAGCAGCUGGAGUCGUCCGGGCUCGACGAGUCGUCUGAGCUCCAAACUCAGAUCUGUAACGUUUUUAAAUCACUAGUAAUUCAGCUUCAAGAAAUUCUGAAUAAAUGCAAAGGAGAUUUAUUGGAAAUGAAAGAAAGCAAAUUAAAACCCCAGCCCUCCUUAUUAGAAACUCUAAUCUUCUUUGUUGAGACGGUGAGCAUAGUGUUGUGGACAGCUAGUUACUGUGCCAAGAUCCUCCGACCGCUCAAGACAAGUUUACAAAAGAAGAAGAAGAAGAAAAAGGAUGCUAACACAGCACUGCCUGCUGUCGUGUGUGGGUUCCAGGAGUUGACAGGGAGCUUACAGGACCUGCUCACUCAGGCAUUGGAGCAUAUAAAGGGCCAAGAAGUGGGCAUUACAGCCCUGAAACUCACCAGUUUAACCUUGGAAGGAUGCACACAGGAGGAGGCGUCGUUUACCAAGGCUGCUAUGGACAAGGUGCAGAGCAGUUACCUGCGUUCGCUACAGGAGGUGGGAGACCUGCUCAGAAAGAGAGCAGAGACUAUAAAGAACCUCAAAAUCUGAACACACACAAAGCAGACUCACGAUGACUGUACAACACCACCACCACCACCCCAACCCCCGCUCUGUCAGCCCACCAGCUAACUCGUGUGUCCUCUGUACCGGACCUUGUCAUGCUCUGUCCUUUCUGACCUCUUACUGUUUUUUUUUUUUUUUGUGUGUGUGCGUGUGCGUGUGUGUGUGUGAACUCUUGUCUGGAUUUUUUUCCUCCUACAUGCCAACUCAAACCUCUGGAACAUCUAAAUCUCUUAUAGCACAUACGCCUGUAAGUUAAAUCAUGAGUUUAUACAGCUAAAUAAAAAUAAAGCAACCAGCUGCACUCUUUAAAAAGAAUUCUAUCUAGAUCAGAUUAGGGAACAUAAAUACAGUUUUAGGAGCUGAUAAAUUAUUGUACAUAAUAAAACCCACAGCUCAUGGACUUGUGAGACACAGUACACCACUGUCCUGUUUAUCUGAUCUUCUCCGAUGAUGUCACAACCACAGUAACACACAGUGAGACACACUCAUUUCUGAUGAGGAAAGCUGCUUUUUCGGCUGCUUCUCUGUUGAAGGAGCUAACGGGCACAAUUUUCUGAUGAACCUUUAGAAAAAUCCAACCAUGGCUGCCAGCAGAAAGCCUUAGGACUGAUGUUUCCUCACUCAAAUUUAUUUGGUUUUGUGCAUUUUGUUUCACUUUGAACCACCUCUGUAGUUUCAGUAUUAUAACAGGAUGAAUGAACUAAAUGUUUUUUUUAUUUAUUUUUUUAUUGACUUGAGUGGAAGUGUUUGUAAACAAGGCUGUUGUGGAUCCACGCAUCUUUAGUGGCUGGACUGAAUCUAAUUAUUUAAAAAUUGUUUGAGUGAAGGUCUUUUUCCACGAAUGUUCAGCAGAAACGUGCUGCAGGCUGGUGAGACAGUCUGACGCAAAACUACACAACUUUUCUGUUCUCUGGGGCGGCUCUUCUGUCUCAAACCGAUGGUGGUGUGUUUUUGCAGACAAACAUUGGACCUAACUGUAAAUAAAAUCUGAAGAGUUCUAUGAGGACUCGAGUGUGUUUCAAAAGCAGGAAGAUAUUUAUACGGUUUUCUUCUUUGGCAUUUUCUCCUUUAGUCACCCUCUUUCUUCUAAACCAAAAUUUUCUCAUGCCUUUUGUUCUUUCCAUUUGAGUUUACAAACUUCACUGAGGAGCACUGAUGGAUUGCUGUUGGUGCUGCUGGAGCUUUGUUUUAGGAAUGUGGCAGAGCAGCUUAAAAUGACCCCCCCCCCCCCCCAUAAGUCAAGGUUCAUCUAGUCACUUUCACAACCAUUAAAUGCCUUGAAUGUUUUUUAAGAGUUAGGCUCAUCUUUUUGGGUGAAUUUGUGGCUGCAGAGAAGAUGUUUGUGAUCUUACUUCAUGUGCUGUUGAGGUUCAGAAUGAUGGUUGACAAUCUAGAGUGUCAUCUCACCACCCUCCCCCUUUUUGUUAGAAAAUGGAAAACAGAAACACUGGAAUGUCUAAGCUUUUUUAAAUAAAAAGGGUAAAUGUGA